AUGGCCUCUUUCAAACCCUACACCUACUUCCAAUGUCCCUGUACAGACACCAACCUACCCCCGCGGCGUCUAGGAGAAUCAAGGCCCCCUUCCAGCUCCUCAGAAACAGAGCAAGAAGACGAUCGAACAUUCGACCCAAGAGCUCCGCGCGCCAAUUUUAGUCUCUAUCCCCUGGAACACCUGCUAUACUGUGAGGACUGCCACCAGAUCCGAUGUCCGCGGUGUGUUUUAGAUGAGAUUGUAACGUGGUAUUGCCCGAAUUGCCUGUUCGAGGUUCCCUCGGGUGUUAUCAAGAGCGAAGGAAAUAGAUGUACACGUAGCUGCUUCCAAUGCCCCAUAUGUAUUGCCCCGCUGUCCGUCAGCAGUAUAGGAGCUCCGCCUGAAGGCCUGGGCGCCGAAUACGUGCAGCCUAGCGGACCGUAUGUACUGAACUGCGCGUAUUGUAUGUGGAGUUCAAAGGAGAUUGGCAUACAGUUUGAGAAGCCGAAUGGGAUAUAUGCGCAGCUCUCAAAAGUCAAGAAUGGAGGUACCCCAGUCAUUACUCCCAAGGAACGGAGGAAAGAUAGAGAAGAGAGGAGUAGGGAUGCUUCAGUGCCUAUGGUAAUGGAGGAGGGGAUUUCGGAGGAAGGAGAAGAAUCUGUGAAUUUGGAUGCGCACGAGGACCUCGAUGCUGAAAGCCAAUUCGCGAAUCUCAAGGCCUUCUAUCAGUCUCAGCUCGCGGAAGCUUCGCCUGCUAGCGCUCUGGGCUUUACUGGAGGAGAUUAUGGCUAUGGAUCACCCGGAGCAUUAUCCCGGAUCAUGGGCCUCUACACCGGCAGCAACUUCGCAGACAAGCGCUCGAAAAGCAAGACUGGAACUAUGCGAGAAGCACAAGAUGCUUUGGAAGGGCUCCAACUUUGCAAUACAGCCUCGGAUGAAGAGACUAUUGCUCGCUUGCGGAACGAGGGCUACGAAAAUACAGCCUCCGUCGCCCAACUCAAAGAGCAAACGCAUCCUGCGCACAUACACUCAGUAGACGACCUACGACCAAUAGCAUACCUAUUGCGAACCAAGCGUUCGAAACGCUGCAAAACGUGCCGCCAUAUCCUCUCGAAGCCCGAGUCAAAAGUCCAAACCACUCGUUUCCGCAUCCGUCUCGUGGCACCAUCUUACAUCCCGUCUAUCUCCAUCCGUCCCCUCGCCACGUCCCAAAACUUCCUCCUCACGCCUUUCAAGCCAACACAGUUCGUGCUUACGUUCAAGAACCCGCUGUUUGAUAGGGUCAAAGUCAGUAUUGCUACCCCUGGCACAACGCCCGGUAGGUUCGAGAGUAGAGUCACGGUACUAUGCCCGCAAUUCGAAGUCGGUGCCAAUACAGACGCAUGGGAAGAAGCACUGCGCGAAGGAGCCGAGCGGGAGAAACGCCGUACUAAGGCUGAAGCCAGUGAAGGGCAGCUUCAAGCCGAGGCUGGCAAGGUUUGGGAGAGGGGCAGGAAUUGGGUUAGUGUGGUGGUUGAAGUUGUGCCUACGUCGUUGAGGGCGGAUGUCUUGAUGAAGGAGGAGGAUAGGGGGCCGGUGAGGGAGGAUGAGGAUGUGGUUGAGAUUCCGGUGUUUGUUAGGGUUGAGUGGGAAGCGGAGGGGCAGGGCGAUGAUACUGUUGUGGGGGAGGGGGGAGAAGGAGGUUAA